GGACCAAACGUCAUUGGUAAGUAUAGACUAGAUCUUUUCUUAUGAGAUCUUGCAGCUGUGAAAUCAGAAAUAACAUUGCUGGAGGAUAAUUUUCUGUUAUACUGUCAGAAGUUUGAUGAGAAACAAGGCUGUAAUGAGUUUGGGUAAGCUGAAGGUAGAAUUACGUCUAGAUAUGUGGUAUCAGUAGGCAUUUUAUUCUUCCAUCUGCAAGGCAGAAUCCUCAUGUUGUGAGGAUGUUCUUUUUACCUUAAAUACUUGUUUUUCCAAACAGACAGGCAGGAUUAGGAAUGUGUAACACUGUUAUAAGUAACAGUGCUUGAUACAAAAGGAAGAAUGAAGAGUUCUUUUUGGUUUUCUAGAAGGCUGCCUUUCAAGUGCCACAGGUUGUAAAUCACUUGUUUUCUAUUUGGUGAAUUCAUAGGUUAAGAAAGCUAUGACCCCCCCAGUUAGCCUGGACUUUUCAUCACGUUUGAAUAGAGGAAGGAAAGCCCAUGUGUGAAUGCCUGUACCAGCAGAGCAGGGCUGAGAGUUCUGUUCCAACAUUCAGUAAACGACUGUCAGAAACAUGAGCGAUAUCAGUAAAAUACUUGUAUUUGGCUCCCAGUAAAGCAGGGAAAAGUGGCUCAUCAGAGGCUUGGAGAAUAUUUUGGAAGGGGUGGGAGAGAUCGUAAAUCCACUUAAUGAUAUGUGUCUGUCUGGCUUUUCUCUUGAUUUAAUGUUUUAAGGUCAAGUGAAUUUAGGAGGAGGAAAGGAAAAAAUAGAGGGGCAAAUCCCAAGAUUACAUCGCAUACGUUUGCACUUUAAUCAGAGCACCACUUGAACUGCUGGAAUAUCUGUCAUAAAAUCAGUAUAUUCAACAAAAUGGGAAUGGUGGUGAUGUAUGGUUGUGGUUCUGCAUUAAAGACAGAAAUGAGUUAUCUCAAAAUAUGGUCAGUGGGAACCAAACAACUUGAUGUAAUAGUUUGCCCUGCGCUACCGCUGGCUCAUGUAUAGGGAAUAAGGAUCAGCAUUCCAACAUGUGGUUGAAUUGCAGUUGAUAAAACAAGUCAUUGAAAGUGCACACUGAAGUUGGGAGUUGGGGGCUACAGUAGUAAGUAAAUGUGUGUAUGAAGAAAAAAGUCACGUGGAUGUGCCAGGCAAAAACUUCUUUUCUUAUUGGAACGUGAAACUGUAGGCAGCAGGAAAAUUGUGCAACAUUAUUAGCUGAAAAUAGAAUCGUAGAAUGGCCUGGGUUGAAAAGGACCACAGUGAUGGAGUUUCAAACCCCUGCUAUGUGCGGGGUCGCCAACCACCAGACCAGGCUGCCCAGAGCCACAUCCAGCCUGGCCCAAUAAGCUCCUUACAGCCACGUAGCUGGAUGAUUCAGGUCACAGCCACGUGGAAGCUAGUUAUAUUCUAGGAAAACAUGGCAGCUAAAAACAUUCUGAUGCUUCUGGUCCUCCAGGAAACUUGCGUUCUCAUACCCUAGAAUAAACAAUGGAGCUAGUCAUCACUAAAUGUGUUAGUAAACAAUCAGAGAGGUACAGAAAAUCAAGUUACUUUUUCUUUUGAAUUUGAUUACAUGAAGUCAGCGGUGUAUGAGAUGCUGCAGUUUAAAUGGGACACAUCUUAGGCCUUUGAGUUUGUUGCGUCUCUUUAAUGAAAUACCAUGCAGCUGUUUAGAAUAUUUACAGAUGUCAAAGUGAGGUAAUGAAGAGCUGUGCGCUCAAGUUUCAAGGGAAGUCCCCUGGAGGUCUGUUCUCCAUCUGUCUUCUGUCUUUCUGGGACCUGGAGGCAGAGCUCAGUGCUAAAGUAUGAUUUGUGAAUGCAGUUCACCCAGACAGGGAUUGCUCCGUGGGGUGUCUUUUCUGACCUCCCAGAAAUGAAGCUGGAGGCAGGGCACGGUGUUCUUAUGAGCCUCUUAGCUGCUGCUGCUGCUGGGAGGAGAUGUGGCAGGUUCUUCCUGCUGAGUGCGGGUAUGGAAACUCUGCUCCUUUUCUGGAAUUCUUUUCCAAGAAAUCGGAUUGUUCUUUGUUUCUGUUUGGCUCUCACAACAAGAAGCGGCCCAAUAACCUGAUAGUAGGUCGCAUGUUUGAUUACCACGUGCUGGAUAUGAUUGAGCUAGGCAUUGAGAACUUUGUAUCCCUGAAAGACAUCAAGAACAACAAAUGUCCUGAAGGAACAAAACCUAUGUUGAUAUUUGCUGGUGACACGUUUGAUUUAAGUGAAGAAUACAGGAGACUGAAGAGCCUUCUCAUUGAUUUCUUCAGAGGUCCUACUGUGCCCAACAUUCGUCUGGCUGGGUUAGAACAUGUUCUGCAUUUCACAGCUGUCGAUGGGAAAAUUUACAUGAGAAGCUACAAGGUACUUCUGAAGAAAUCUGGCUGUAAAAUACCAAGAAUUGAACUGGAAGAUAUAGGACCUUCAUUAGAUUUGGUUAUGAGGAGAACACAUUUAGCUUCAGAUGACCUUUAUAAGCUAUCUUUAAAACAACCCAAAGCCCUAAAGCCUAAGAAGAAAAAGAACAUCUCCCAUGAUGUGUUUGGUACAACUUACGGUCGAAUCCACAUGCAGAAACAAGAUCUUAGUAAACUGCAGACGAGAAAAAUGAAGGGGUUAAAAAAGAGACCAGCAGAGAAGUCAGCUGAAGAUGGUGGUAUUAGUCCUAAAAAGACAAAAUCUGUGUGAUAGUUGGGAACAACUUCGAAAACUAUUUGUAUCUUAAUUUUUUUUAAUGCAGAUUGUAAUAUAAAAAUGACAAACAUAAAGGAUUCAGCUGCCUUUACCUCUAGUUUUAUAUUAAAAAAAGCCAAAACAAAACACAAAUUUCUUUAAUGACUUGUCAUUUUAAAGGAAACGUUGGGUUACUGAGCUUUAGCUUAGAACCUGCUUAUUUAGAAGGGGGGGGGGAACACAAGAUGUAACUUGUUUAGUUUUCCAAAGCUGAAUAUUUACUCUCUUGAUAUGAGCAAACGUGUGCUAGUUAAGCAGGUGACUCAUUUCCCAAACAGUUUUAUGGUUAUAAUGUUGGGAAACCUUGAUCAGUCAACCUAUCUUAUAAAUUCUUUGCAGGACCAGCAUAGAGUGUACACAUACUAUGUGCGACAUGACCUCUGCGUUCAAACACUGCUGAUGUAUUUUGGUUUAUGCACAAUUGCAAUACUUAAUAAACUCCAAACCAUUUUCUAACGUAUGAACUCA